AUGGCUACCGCAGUCCAGCCUGCCAUGACCAUGGCCCCCUUCAACCAGCAUCCUAAUCAAUGCGUCGACCCCAAUGAGUUCUUCGACUUUGGCCAGAUGCCCUCGCCCACCCAGCCUGCCACGCUGAAGAGGGAGUCCAGUGCGACUUCGACCAUGGCUAGUCCCACCAGCACAAAUAUCGACGACGACCUCCAGACACCCGCAAAGCCUAGCCACGAGUACGAGCGCUUCAAGCAGCAGACUGGCCUUCCCACCGGUUCCAUCUCCGGCCUGAAUGCCGGUUACAACACCGGCUUCCCCAUGUUCUCGUCCACCGGCUUGGACGAGAUGGCCAUGAUGGGCGGCGACUCCAUGAUGGACGGCGCCUGGAACACGGGCCUGCCCAUGGACGUCGGUAUGAACAUGGGCGUCGACUACCGCCAGAACAGUUUCGCCUUCAACGAUGCUUCCGACGACUACGUCGACCCAAGCGCCAUUACACAAGAGGAGGUCGCCAACGUCCGGGUAUGGCCCGGUAUGCAUCAACAGCAAGCUGCUAUGGCCAAGGCGCAGGCGCAGGCCCAGCAGCAGCGAGCACAGCAGUUGGCCCACCAGAAGCAACAGCAGGCCAUGCAGCAACAACAGCAACAGCAACAGAACCGCAUGCCCUCCACCAGCUCCGCCAGUCGCAAGACAUCGAGCCCGCUCAGCGACGCCCACACCGAAGAGAUGAUCACCCGCGUCGUCGCUCAGAUCCGGGCCGACAGCCAGAACGCGUCUGCCUCCAUGCAGAACGACAACCAAGGCCUCCUCCCCCACAUCAUUCGCGCAAAGAAAGACGAAGAGGAUAUGGACGAGGACGAGAGGCUACUUGCGUCCGAGGAGGGCAAGAAGCUGAGCUCCAAGGAGCGCCGCCAGCUCCGUAACAAGGUCUCCGCUCGCGCUUUCCGCUCAAGAAGGAAGGAAUACAUUGGCCAGCUCGAAGGCGAGGUUGCCAUGAAGGUCAACGAGGCCAACGAACUCCGCGCUCAAAACCGCCUCCUCAUGGAGGAGAACGCCCGUUCCCGCGCUUUCAUCGAGCGCCUGCUCCGCCACCAAGCUUUUACUCCCUUCCUCGAGGAGCUCUCCCGCGACGAGUCGCUCCAGGCCAAGGCGCCCAUGACCUCAAUGCCGUCAACUUCAACACCUGUCGCCACUGCUCCUGCCCCGGCUCAGUUCCAGCAGCAACAACAACAGUUCAACGGCAUGUCGCAAGCUGAGAACACCCACGUCGGUAUGACCAUGGUCCCCGAGCCCCAACUCGACUUCGCCAUGCUCAACCUGAACAACAACGGUAACAACGGCAACAACUGGGGUGUCAACAACGGCUUCAGCUUCCAGCAACCAGUCGCUUUCGCCGUCACUGAGCUACCCGAGGGCCCCAGCAACCCCCUUGAUAUUAAAGCUAUGUCUGGCAAGGGAUACAGCGCUAUCCUGAAUGCCGAGGACGACUCACCUGUUGAGGAGGCCAAGGCUGACUACCCCGUCAUUGAGCGCCCCGUUCAGUCCGAGCCCGCCGCUGCUAUCGAAGAGACCGAAGAAGAAGAAGAUGCUGAAUACGACCUGUACUACUCUUCAUCUACUCCCUCCGCCACUGCGCCGAUUGAGGACCAAGAAGCGCUCUUCACCAACCCUGAGAAGGCCUUUGCACGCUACUCGCUAAUCAUCUCGGAUGAUGCCAACGAGGCACUUCUAGCAGAGCGUCUGGAGAGGAAGAUCGCCGCCAUGAGCCCAGUCAUGCAAAGAAUAGCCGAUAUCACAUCGAUGCUCGACUCAUAG